AUGGCCGGUACUGAUGGUACAAUGAGAUUGCAAGCCAAGCCGGGCUACAUUUCGGUUGUUGGAAGUUAUUUUGACGACCUUGCAUUCGAAUGCCAAGGCUCCGUUCCUCCUAUUUUCCUGGAAAACCGUUUAAAGCGCGAUGGCGAUCAUCAUCACGUCACGCUCAUUAAUCCUGUGGAAUUGGGUCAAGUCAUGGAGGAUUUGGGCUACGAGAAAAAGAAGAAGGAAAGGAUGAAAAAUGCGCGUUUGUUGCUCAAAGAUAUCGAGACCCAUUUCCCGACCAAUGAUGGCUGGGAGCUUCCCACCGACUUGGGCAUGGGUCGAAUUGUGGACAAACAAAACGGUGCAUGCACCAUGUACCGCGUACUGUGCUGGCCUCUGGGUCAAGAAAUCCGUCACCAUUAUGGUUUAAAACCUUGUCAUUUUCACAUCACCGUAGGUUUCAACCCUACCGAUAUCCAUCAAUACAAAGGCCCCGCCACCUUGGACAUUUUGUGCGGUCGAGCCACUCCUAAACGUCAUCAACUGAAACAACUCUCAUCUGUCACCUCAUACUACUCUCAUGAUUAUCGCUUUCUUGGUGCGCUUUUUCGCCAAUGCCUCUGGAAAGGAUGUUUUGAUCUAGCCUUCAUCAAUGGAUGGCGUUAUCUUAUCGCUGUGAUUUUUGGCUGA